GCUGGGCUCCAGGAGGCCCAGUACUGCGCGCGCAGCCCCAGGCAUGGACGCCGCGUGGGAACUCGGGCCCGCGGCUGGCGGGUCGCUGGUGGUGUGCGCCGCGCUGCUGGCGGCCGGCUGCGCGCUGGGCCUGCGUCUGGGCCGCGGGCGGGGGGCGGCAGACCGCUGGGUGCUCGCCUGGCUCUGCUACGACGCGCUGGUGCAUUUGGUGUUGGAAGGCCCUUUUGUCUACUUGUCUUUAGUAGGAAACAUUGCAGAUUCUGAUGGCUCGAUUGCUUCUUUAUGGAAAGAAUAUGGCAAAGCUGACGCAAGGUGGCUUUAUUCUGAUCCAACCGUUGUGUCUCUGGAAAUUCUGACUGUCGUCCUGGAUGGAUCUCUGGCCUUGUUCCUCAUUUAUGCCAUAGUCAAAGAAAAACAUUAUCGGCACUUCCUGCAGAUUUCCCUCUGUGUAUGUGAGCUGUAUGGCGACUGGAUGACCUUCUUCCCAGAAUGGCUCAUCGGAAACCCCAAUCUCAACACCGGCAAUUGGCUCUACUGUUGGGUCUACCUGGUAUUUUUUAAUGGAAUGUGGGUUCUGAUCCCAGGACUGUUACUGUGGCAGUCAUGGGUAGAACUCAGGAAAAUACAUCAGAAAGGAACCAGUUCAAGGAAAAAGUUCCGGUGAAUUUUCAAAAUCAUAAACACUGUUAUCUUGCUUUAUGAGUGAGAAUUAUCAAACUUUUUUUGUGGCCAAAUAUAACACAUUCCAAUCUGUA